GAAAAUAAUUAAAUGCUAAUAAUUGUCACUCUCGUUCAUGUACUUCUCUAUGUUAGCUUCACUUAUAGCGCUUCAGAAGUGAGUUUAAGCGGCAGGAAUACUUUCAAGAAACUAUUAGGACAAUGGAAAGGGCGACAGUGGGCGACUGGCUGGGUGGCGAGGACAUGCAGCCAAAGCUGGUCAAGCCGCUGGCUGCCGAGUUCCUGGGCACCCUGCUCUUCAGCCUCUUCGGCUGCGCCUGCUACAUCACCAACUACGAAUCGCUGACCGUCGGACUGACCUUUGGCACGGUCGCCAUGGCAGUCAUUGUGGUCGUCGGACAUAUCAGCGGCGCGCAUAUCAACCCUGCCGUGACGUGCGCAAUGAUAGCUACCCGCUUCAUGUCCUUCGCCAAGGGGAUUCUCUACAUCGUGAUGCAGCUGCUUGGAGCGGUCACCGGCACCGCCAUCCUCAUGGGGCUGAAGCCAGAUAUAAUGGGCAGAACAUUGGGUAGCAACCACCUCAGUGGUAGAGUGAGCGACAUCCAGGGCUUCGGCUUCGAGUUCUUCCUAGGGAUGAUACUGCUGCUGGUGGUGUUCGCCGUCACGGACCAGGGCCGCGAGAAAACGCAGUUCCUCAGCGCGCUAGCCAUCGGCCUCACCUACACUCUGGGGCACCUCGCCACGUACAACUUCACUUCGACCGGGAUGAAUCCAGCCAGAAGCUUCGCUUCGUCUGUUCUGUCCGACUCAUGGGACGGUCACUGGGUGUUCUGGGCCGGCCCCAUACUGGGAGGCCUCGUUGGUGCCUUCAUGUACACCUUUAUCUUCGCCGCUGAUGCGAACUCGCUCUCUGAGGAGCCGCGAGGGGUCUGACACAAUCUACACGUUUUUGGCAUUUGGCUAAGAUGGUGCAUAUUAGGCAGAGAGCUAAUGAAUUUUCGCUCGAAACAGUUUCAUUAUUAGUUUUGAAAUUCUAGAGCAAACGAUACUUCGUUUGUUGUAAUUUUGUAAUUGGAUUACUAUUAUUAUAAAUUAUGUUCAUGUACCUUUACUUUGUGAAAAUUGUCUGCCUACAAAUCAAAUAAUAACUUCACCUGUUCACCUAUAGCCAUAAGUAUCGGGUAAACAAAUUAAACAUUUCACUCAUUGGAAAAAUUACUUGGAAAAAUCUUAUUCAUAUUUAUUUAACAUUGUGUAUCCUAAGAUACAAACAGCCCGAUGUGUAACUCACUGACUGACCAACUCACUGACU